AUUUUUAAAAUUUUUAUUUUUAAAUUUUUAAUAUUUAUUUUUUAUUUUAUAAAAUUUUAAACUUCAAUCCUAAAUUCCCACCUCUUAACUCUAAACUUUAAAGUUUAGAUUAGUUAAACCUAGGGAUAUAAAUGUAUAUUUACAUCUUUAAUGAAAUAUUUUGGUCAUUUUAUUCCUUCUGAUCUAUUUUUGUGACCAAAACUUUUUUAGUAUUAUCUUAUCCUAGAGUAUUUCUCUUUAUUUAAUUUUAUAUUAUUUCACGCUGGCAUAAACAAUUACCGAUGAUAAGUUGCUUUUUGUCUUGCCUAUGGAAUUGUCGGAAAAACCUAGCUUCCACCUUUUUCUGAUUUCAGAAAAUCCUACACAUAAGUAUGUAUACAUAACCCUUAUAUAUAUAAAUGAGCUUCACUCACAACAACUAAAAUACUUAACGCUUCGUUAAUUUUGACAAAGGCAAACGAGAUGAAGAACACAAACGCAAAGUUAAUCACACUUGUUCUAGGGUUUCUCGUCCUCAUGAUGAUGAUGAUGAAUUUUCCUCAUGCGCUUCAAGGAGGAAACAUAGAUGUAGCUGGAUCCAAAUACGAAGACUAUGGUCUUAUCCGAAGCGGAAGUGAGCCUCUCUUGAUGGGACGAAAGUUAAAAGGUCUAAAGCCUAUGGAGUCUGGAACAAAGAAAAGAUCAACAAAAGCCUCGAGAGAUUCAACAAAAGAAAUUGAUAAUCUAAUGAGAAGCGACUAUCCGUCACGUAUGAAAGGAAGGAAGAGGACUCCAAUACAUAAUUGAUAGCAUAUGGUCGUUAAAUAGUUUAAGAAACGUAGAAGUUCACUAUAUUAGAAGAAAUGUUAAUCAGGGCUAUAUAUAAAACAUAUGUUUAGAUUUUUUCUUAUUUUUUGUUUUUGUUUUUUAUUCUUCAAACAAUGUUUUCUUAAUUUAGACUCAUAUAUUAGAAACUGUAACGUUCAUUUAAUUUUGUACAAUGCAUAAUGACCUCUACGAUUCAUCUCUUUACCAAGUGGAUCAAGCUCUUGUUUGCUUAUGAUAACGAAAAUCAACGAAACCUCAGAGAAUAUUUUGUACGUCAAAUCCUUUGGAUUCCCUCAAAACACUGAGUCGAUAUCAAUAGCUAUUUUUUAAGGCAAGAAGACUGGUUUUAGACGUGUGUAUCUUAAGCUUGUUCUUGAAUCAUGACUUGUGUCUAUAGGCAGUCCAAUAUCAGUCUUCCAACGGCUAUGUCGAUUUCUGAAUAGAAAGUGAUUGAUGAGACAUGAAGAAGAUACACGACAAAAGCCUCCAUCGGGGACCAAAUGAUAAGCAUAUUCGAAUUCUAUAACAAGGAGUUUUAUUUUAUAUUAUAUUUGGUGGCAAUCUAUUUAUACAAGCCACAUUUAAAGACUCAAUGGUUGCAAAUAAAGUUAUAAAAAUUGUUAACUCCAUUAUUCACCUAUCUAUGUCUCAUUGUCUUGCAUCACCCUGCCAAGCCUAAUUUCCAUCCACAAAGACGACAUGAUGGAUCAGGCGGUAUUUUCUAGUGAAUGUCCAUUAUUGUCAUGUAACAACUGAAAUAAAAUACAUAGAAAACAAAUUAUAAAAUAUCAGAACUCCUAGAAAACCUAAAAUAAAAUAUUAAAAAUAUGAAAACAUAUUUGUAAUACAAACAAUUAAGUAAUAAAUUAAACAUGACUUCUAAAUUGAUUUAAAAACCAUAAUAUUUAGAAAAUAAUUUUUUUUUUAAAUUGGCCCUUAAACUCAAUUCAUUAAUAGAAUUUAUACAACUAGAUUGUUAAAAUUAAUGUGAGUAUAUCACAUAAAAGAUACUUUUAAAUAAGGAAAAAUUUCAUAACAAUACAUCAACUAGAUUUUGUUAAGCGUUCAAUACUAUUUUCUUUUUUUGCUAUUUCAUUUAAUAUUUUAAUUAAUUAUUUUAUUCAUUUUACUACACUAAAUUUUAAGAUUAUGUUCAAAAAUAUCUAAUUUAUUUUUAUGUUUUAGGAAUAAAAGAAACUAAACUGUGGAUAACCUUAAACUUUUUAAUUUUAGUUUUAUUUAUAAUAUCAAAUUUAGUUUGUUUUCUUAAACUUAAAUCUAAUUCAUACUUUUUACUUUUAAUGAAUAGAACAAACACAACAACAAUAAAUUAAAAUAACAUGAUUUUCAUACACUAUUAUCAAAACCCAAAACUACUUACAAUAUUUAUUAGGUCUGAAAAUAAUAAUUUAAAAUUAUUAGAUUAUAUUUCUAUAUUUUAAUUGUGUGUUUUUAGUUUAAUUAUGAGGAAGUUUUGAUUUAGUGGUCAAAUGAUGAUUUAUUUAUGUUCUAUAAGUUGUAUUUUCUUAAACACAAUUUAAAAUCAACUCGAUUGAAUUGAACUCAAACCAAACCGAAUACAAACCACAUCAAACUAUUCUAGCUGACUUCAACUAAAUAUUCAUAAAACCAAAAAACCAAACUGAACUAUAUAUCUCAUAUUUGAUGUGCCAAUCUAAUUUUAUUCUUACGGUUCAAUGUAAAUUAAUUCAAAUAUAAAGAAAAUGAAAUAUAAAAUUUAUUUAUUUUCUAAAAUAAUUAUAAAUAAUAAUUAUAAUAAUGUGUAACAUAAUUAUACACUGCCUUUUUAAAAUUUUAUUCUCCAGCUACCAGAACUGCAAGACCAUGGAUGAUGAUGAUGCCAAAGGAUAGAUUUGCAAACAUUACAAUGAACGCUCCAACCUAUCUUCUCAUCCAAGGAAGCUCUUCAGAAAUCCCUGUACACCAAAGAACCCUAACUGAGAUUGAUAUACAGUCCCCGUAGAUAACUCCAUUAUUCACUCAUCCAUGUGCUGCAUCACCCUGCCAAAUUUAAUGUAGGAAAAUGGUGGUGGCUCUGAUCAUUUGGUUUCAUCUAGUGAAUUGCCAUUUUCAUUCUCAUGUAACAGCUGAAGACAUUCGUAUGGAUUUGCAUAGAAGUAAUCUUCUUCUUUCGGUUUAUUCGGAAUCACAAGCC